UGUAAACUAAUAGAGUAUAAGUUAUUUACCUCUUCCUUGAUGUAAGAGACAGUACCUUACCUCUAACAAACUGGACUUGCAAGGACAUACUAGAACGUGCAUGAUAGUGAAGUCUGGAGCAGAUAAUGGAACAUAAUAAAGAUACUGAAAAGAGCCACUGGGGUUUUCAAGUUAGAACUGGGUUAAAAAGAUUGUUGCAAGAGAAACUAUAUUCAGAUGUGAUUUUGAAAGCUGGAGAUCAGAAAUUUGAAUGCCACAAGAACAUUUUGUGUGUGUUUUCAUCCUAUUUUGGAUGUAUGUUCCAGUCAGGAAUGCUAGAGUGUCAAGAGGAAGUGGUUGAGCUGAGAAUGGUGGAAGCAUGUCCUCUGAAACUGCUGAUUCAGUACAUGUACACUGGUAUCAUUGACAUGAGCAAAGACAAUAUUGUCAAAGUGCUGUGGACAGCUACCUUCCUCCAAAUGGAUGGUUUCUUGAACUGGAUAUGUUGCCAUAACAACCUGGAAAAAUACAUAGAUAUGGACAACUUUAUGGAGUUGUGGUGUUUGAUGGACACCCACCAUGACUGCAAAGUGUUGAAAGAUUUGUUGAUUGACUUCAUUUCAACACACUUUGAAGAAGUGUUCAAGACACCAGGAUUUGAAGAGAAUAUUACUUCUGAAGAUCUUUUAACCAUACUUAAUGAUAAAGGGUUAAUGGUGAAGAAUGAAGACACAAUUCUCCAAGCUGUCCUCACAUGGGUAAACCAUGACAGAGAGGUAAGGAGAGGGGAUCUCUCCAGACUGAUAAAGGCAGUUCGCCUACCAUUGUGUCACAGGAAUAGUCUCCAACUCCUCAAAAGUAUCUCAGGAGAGGAUGUGGAACAGUCAGUAGUUGAUAAUUUGAAAUUGGCAGAACAGUACCAACAGGACUAUGGAGGACAGAUGUGCUUCACCACUGUACAAAGCCAGUACAGGCCACACAGUGGCAAAGAGAAAGUCCUUGUACUGAUAAAUGAGGAGAAAGAAACCCACCCAUCCAAUGAGAAUGACAUCUGUUACCCAUCAAUCUCCUUUAUCCGUAACCCUUCCAUCUCAUUUGAACCUGAUGGAAUAUUGACAGUGCUUCCUUACAGUUUCAGACCUGGGGGCUAUACCACCUGCACAUAUGCAGAGAGUUGUGUUUAUCUGUGUGGGUAUCGCCAACAAGCCAAUGCCUUCUUCUACUACUCCGCCAUUACUGACAAGUGGCAGUGCUUGCAGCCAUGUCCUGGACCCUACAGAGUUGGUGCCCACAUUGUUGCCAUCAGAGACAGAGUCUACCUGUUUGGUGGAGAGGAAGUAGGUGAAGGUGUAUUGUUGUCUGCUGUCUACAUGUACAAUGUUACAAACAAUCAUUGGGACUCCAAACCAUUCUGUCAUCUGCAGAUUCCUGUCUCUAAAUUUGUGAAGGGCUGUCUUGGUGACAAGAUAUACAUUUUUGGUGGUACUUCAACUUUGGGAGAUAGCGAAACGACAAUUGGUGAAAACAUUGUGCAGUGUAUAGAUACUACAACCAAGUCCUGUUCAGUUAUAUGUUGCUCUGAUCUUGUCAGAGGAGUGAUCAGUGGGGGAUGUGCCAUCAGCUGUCAUGCUGAGGGUACUGUGCACAUCGUUCAUAAAGAAAACACCAAUUCACUUCUCUUAAUCAAGUUUGACCCAUUAUCACUUACAAAAUUUGAAGUUUUAGGUUCUAUCUCAGUUACUGCCGACUUGGACUUGAUCAAAUGUGAUGUAGGUAUGGUGAAACAGGACUGCAAAUUGGUGGUAGCCAGUACACAGUCUAUAUUGUAUGCAUUUCAAAAUGAACGAAGUUUUAGUGGUGUUGUGAACUUUGACCUUAAGUCCAAUAUAAAAACAAAUGAAAAGCUAUUUUUACACAGCAUGAAGGUUGUAGAAUUUCACUGUUUGGUUUUGACCGAUGAUAUGAUGAAUGUAGAUGUAUGAUGACAAAAUCUGUUUUGUGAUAAAUUUCUGUUAGGAUUACAUUGUAUUAGAAUUUUGUAUUGUGAAUAUAUAUGCAAACAGUUUUUAGUCCAUCAUGAUUAGGUGGUGGGCUGUUUAAAUGGCCUAGUAUUUGUGGUAUGUCCUUGAACUAUUCUUGCAUUGUUAUCUUCAUUUCUGAGAAAUGUUUGAUGGAUCUUUCUCAGUUUUCCCCUUAGUCCUUGGUUUUGCCCUUUUGAUUUUAGGAAUGAUUAAAAAAUCAAAAUGAUUUUUACUAUGUAAGAUUAUCAUCGCUAUUUCUUGAGGACAGAAUAAAUCUUUCUCAGAUUUCAUAAGCAGUAGAAAUAAAAAUCUCCAGCCAAUUGUCUGAUUCCAGCCUUCUCAGAAAAUAUAUAAUUCCAUAUAGUUUCCAUUAAAUACUUAGUAAACAGAUAUAAUUCAGCCUUUGUUCAGAUUUCCAUUUUCAUAUCUGAUGUAUGUUCCCAUUUGAUCCCUGGUUGUGCUCAUUUGUUGUAGAAAUGAUCAGAAGAAAUUGCUGCCAGGUAGCCAUCUUGGUUUUGACAAUGAAAGUUUGUUAUCACCAUUUAUUGAAAAGUACUUACUAGAUGGUUCUGUCUCAUAUUUCAUAUGUAGGCUUUCCUUGAUCUCUAGUUCUGCACUUUUGAUUUUCAGACAUUUAACAAGCUGACAGGCAACCAUCUUAGAUUUUGACAUGAAAAGUUUGUUUGUUGCUAUCGACGGAGUUGAUGGAUUUUUUCAAAUUACAUCUGCAAGUUUCCCAGGGUCCCUAGUCUCAGGUGUGCCCUUUUGAUUUUCAGGGCCUGGUAGAAAACAAAAUGGCUGACAGAUGAUUAUGAAUUUUGACUAUGAAAGUCUGUUAUUGCUAUUUAGUGAGAAGGACUUGACUGAGUUACCUCCCUUCCUAUGUGUUCUUUAUUUUCUGUAGACUGGUUCCCUCCUCAGUUAGCUCCCUUAUGUACUCUGAAGUGCAGCCCUGGCAGAGAAAUAUAGUUUGGUAUUUAUAAGGAAAGUCAGUAAGUCAGAAACCAAAAAGAAGAACUGUAUAUCUUGUCCUACUCCAGCUGGAGUAAGAAAAGUAAAGAGAUCCUGAUCAGCUUACCACUUGCAAAGUAUACUCUGUUCAAUGCACAAAUAUAAAUUGUUUGUUAAAUGAAUACAAAUUACAUUCUUGUAUCACUGAAUGUAGUCAUAUCUCAACAUAAUCAAAUAAAAGUGAGAUAUAGGUCUCACAAUAACGUUUGUAGUAUACUCAUAUAAGGGAAUGUAGUACUUUGGUAUUGAGUGAAUAAUUACAUGUAUCAACAAAAGGUUGUUCUAUCCUGUGAGAUAAUGAUGAACACCGUAAUACAGAUAAAAAUUCCAUAUAUAAAAUUCAAUUUAUAUUAACAUGGAAAGAGUCCCAUCUUUUUUUUGCUUUGUCUAU